GGGAUACUGUUGGUUACAUGGAUCCAUAUAGCUUACCGCGAGGAGGUGUAUGGUUCACAGUGUCCGAUGUGUACGCUUACGGUUAUAUAAUGCUGAGCUUGAUAUCCAAGAGACUCACUACAAUAGAGGGCCUUAAUAAUGAGGAGCCCCUUGUGUCUGAAUGGGCAUUUGAAGAAUGUGAGAAACAAAUGUGCAAGGGAGGCAGCUGCUCACUCGUGGAUGUCAGCCUGAAGACGCAUGAUGGGUUCAAUCACAAUGAUGGAGUUCAACUUACAAAGCUGCUCACCCCUACCUUACCCUAAUCCCAACCCUACUGACUACCCCCACCCUUACCCCUAACCACCACCCUAACCCACCCAAUCCCAUACCCCUAGACCUUACCACCCCACCCCGACCAUACCCCUUACCCCACACACCCCCACUCAUACCCAUACCUUCCUUCCCUACCCCGACCCCUACGAGUAGGUAUGGGUGGGUAUGAAGGGUUUUAGGGGAGUAUGGGUAGAGUGUAAGAUCGUGG